GACAGCUAUAGUGAUUGAAAGAGACAAGAUGGUGUAUAAUUUUAAAGUGUUUAAAAAGUGUUCUCCUAAUGGCAAAAUAACUCUUUACAUGCCAAAGCGGGACUUUGUCGAUCAUAUCUCUUUCGUAGAACCCAUAGAUGGCAUAGUUGUGGUAGACGAAGAAUAUGUGCGUGGCAGGAAGGUGUACGCGCAGGUGGUGUGUACCUUCAGGUACGGCCGUGAGGAGGAUGAGGUCAUGGGAGUCAACUUCUACAAGGAGUUGUAUCUUGCUUCGGAGCAGAUCUACCCUGCGCCGGAAAAACGACCUUACGAACUGACACGAACUCAGGAGCGUUUGGUGAAGAAACUGGGAGAUAUGGCGCUGCCAUUCCGUCUAUCAGUGCCAGCUGGAUCCCCUGGCUCUGUGACCUUGCAGCCAGGUCUUGAAGAUGAAGGAGAACCAUGCGGCGUGCAUUAUUACAUAAAACUGUUUGUUGGAGAAACUGAAAUAGAUCGAUCCCAUCGCAGGAGCACUGUGGCGUUGGGAAUCAGGAAAGUGCAGUACGCACCUAACAAACCAGGACCUCAACCCUGCACAGUUGUCAGGAAAGAUUUUGUGCUCUCUCCAGGGCAGUUGGAGCUUGAGCUUACCUUGGAUAAGCAGCUUUACAUCCAUGGCGAGACGUUGGCUAUUAACAUAUGCGUUCGUAACCAUAGCAAUAAAGUUGUGAAGAAGAUAAAAGCUUGCAUCCUUCAGGCUGUCGACGUGGUUCUGUUCCAGAAUGGCCAAUACAGGAACGUUGUUUGCAGCCUUGAGACACAAGAUGGGUGUCCACUGCAGCCAGGAGCCAGCAUGCAGAAGGUGGUCCAGCUCCGUCCAGAACUAACCACGCUCCGUGAUCGUCGUGGUCUUGCUCUGGACGCACAGCUUAAACGACAGGACUCUUCUCUAGCUUCAACCACGCUUCUCCUAGAGCCUGAACAGCGCGACGCCUUUGGCAUUAUAGUAAGCUACAGCGCCAAGGUGAAGCUUUAUCUCGGCGCUUUGAAUGGAGAACUCAGUGCGGAGCUGCCUUUCAUCUUGAUGCAUCCAAAGGAAGGUAGAGGAAAGCUGAUCCAGGCAGACAGCCAGGUGGAUGUGGAGAUGUUCCGCCAGGAUACGGUACAUCAUCAGGAAAGCAUUGACGUAUACUAACUGAAGAUAAUAGUUAAUAGGAAAAAGACGACUAAAUACUCAAUUAAACAUUACGACUUUUUAACUGCAACUGAUAACAAUGUUUAAUAUUAUUUAUUAGAAUUUAAAAACUAUUUACUAUGUAGUGAAUUAAUUAUUCAUGUUUAUCAUCAAAGUAUGUAAUAAAGUUAUCUGUUGAUAUAUUAUAGAUUUACAAGAUAUUGUAAUGACAUAUUUUUAUUUAGAUGUGUAGAUAAUAAUAUAAAGUUUUGCAU